CAUCAUUUUUUUUCUUUCAAUGGUUUAUACGAUAAACAGGAAUAUUUGGGGAAGAGCAAAUAAAUUGAUAUGAAAGUGAAACGCUUUCACUCCAUCUUCAAUUUCAUCAUGUUCAGAAACAACACAUGCAGCGGCGGCGCUCCAUCUUCUCUCUCGAUCAUGUUCUCCGUCAUCUCAACCUCGCGCCCGUUUCAAACACGACGGCCGAAGAACUCAUACGAGUUCUCUUCUCCGGUGAACUCUCGGUCUCAAUAUCUCCUUCUCCUCUUUUCGAUUUAUGAUUCUUUGUUUGUUGGUUUGAUGAUGAUGGUGAUACGGAAUCGGUGAUUUGUGUUGUUGUGCUGUGUGUUUCUGUCGAAGCUUGAUUCGGUGAAAGUGCAAUGAUGAUGAUGGUUAAUGUUUGUUUUAGGUUUAUAUCUGUGUAUUUGUUCAUCUCCACGACUGUUUUCAUAAAUCUAAUUAGUUCAUCCCUUUUCUCUGCUAUAUAUUGAAUCAAAUUAAGGCUACAUCAUAUAGGAUUUCAUCUCAGUAGCCAGAAAGGAUUUAGACUUGAUCGGGUUUUACCGCUGACUUUUGAAUCUAACAGGAGGAUGAAGUGAAAGAAAGAGCAAAAAGAGAUGCAGCAGCUGCUAGCAAAUGGAGGGAUUACUCAUGGAAAGGAUUGUGUAUGAAGUGAUGGCUUCUUAUUGUAUUGGAAGAGAAUUUGAAUUGUGACAUGGAUAAGCAGUGACUUGGUUCAUAAAUUGCAUAUGUGUUAUGACUGUUUUGGGUUGUAUAAUUAUGCAGUAUGGAACUCAGUGUUUGAGUAAACCAUUUUGGAAAUAUGAAAUUGUGAUUAUGAUUAUUAUUACUAUGCUUAUGGGCUUUGAUUUGAUUUGAUUUUGCAGUUGGUGGAUCUCAUCUCAAGUCAUUUGAGUUGUUUUCAGCAAAACGUAAUUCAUCUCUGGUAGGAUCUAAGCUGGGUGUUCAAAGAAAAUUAAACAUUGUGAGCAGAAGGAAGUUUUCUUCUAUUUGGACAGUGACUAUGAUUAGCUAUUAUGUACAUGGCACCACUGGCUGUUGGAUCCUUACUUGCUUCAAUUAUAAUGGAGUAAAAUUUUCUUUGAAUUACAAUUUAACUUGCUAGAGAAGACUCAAGUAUUGUGUGGAUACUUAUCUUCAACUCAACACUAUAUUUGCUCAGUUUGACUAUUUUGUGCACUAUAUAUGCACAUUCUGGGUGCUCAAAUUAUUUAUCCUAGGAUUCAUGGUUGUUGGGUGAGAUACAUGUUUCUCUCCUAAAGGUGAUAAUGAAAGACAUUGAAGAUGUUGCAAGGACACCUUCUUCAGGAUUAGGGAUAAAUUAGACGUUGCAUGUUAUUUUCCUGAACUACUCCGCCCUUUUGUUGAGACUCAUAUUAGUUCUAUUCGCAGCCAGCCAAAUAUGUGUUAUAAUGAAGUAAUUUCUUACGGCUUGCAGUCGAGGGCAUUUGUUGGACGAACUGCGAUAUAAGACAAGUUGUUGUGGAUCAGGCACUGCUGCUGAUACAGAGGCAGUAAGAGGUAUCGUUAAUAAUGCAUACAUCUCAUGUUGCCCAUUUUUAUUACACUGCUGCUGAUACAUAGGUAGAAACAGAGAUAUCGCAUAAAUAUCAUGAUAUAUGUCACCUUUAAUUGAGUUUAGUCACUGCUCUCUCGAUUUGAAUUCUGAGUGAGCAUGCAAAUUGAAAAUUGUUAUUUGAAUAGAUUAAGAUCAAAAUUUCAAAACUAUUUUAACGUCAUUAUCAUGUUAAAUCUUUUUGUUAGUUAUAAAUAUUCAGAAUGCCUUCAUCAUCAAUGUACAAAAUCACUUCCAUAAUCAUAGGUAACAUCACUUGCUAAGCACCCAACAAGCUUACUAAUAAAUAGAUUUAAAAAAUGGCCGCAUGGUUAAGAAAUGCAAAUCCAUAUCUACUACUCUUGGCAGUUCAAUUUGAUUAUGCGGGAAUGUUCAUUUUCGCUAUGGAUGCUAUCAAAAAAGGAAUGCGCCAUUACAUUUUCAUCGUCUACCGUAAAGUUAUCGCCACUGUAACAUUAGCUCCAUUCGCAUUUUAUCUAGCAACGUCUCUCCAACAACCUCUUUCAUUCAUUCAUUCGUUAUUCACAUUUAUAUUUCCACAUCACAACAGGAAUUCCAAUGGGUAAACAUUGAUAUAAAUAGGUAGUAAUGUGGCUUAAUUCAUCUAGAGCAUUCAAGUUACAUGGUAACAGGAAUUCAAAUGGGAUAAAAUUUGAUAUACCUAUGAUGCUUCCUCUAAUUGGUAAGUGGUUUUCUCCCUGUGACAAACUUGGUCUCUCUGCAAAACAUGGUUUAGAUGCUUCCUCUAAUUGGUAAGUGGUUUUCUCCCUGUGACAAACUUGGUCUUCCUCUACACGAUGCCGCCGCCGUAGAAUGCCUUAGUAAGUGGUUUUCUCCCUGUGACAAACUUGGUCUCUGUGCAGAACAUGGUUACUUCACUAGGUAUCAUUAUUUAUUUGAACUUUCAUUGGAAUGUAGUCGAAACUAAUCAUUCAUUCAUUCAUCAAUGUUGCAGGACAAAGAAUUUGAUUGAUGAUAAGCAGGACAAAGAAACAUUUGUGUUUGUAGCCUUUUUGAGGGAGCUUGAGAGCAUGUUUGAAUCUGCUGUGAACAAGAUCAACAAUGGUUACUCUGAUGAGGAAAGUGACACUGAUUAAUGACUAUUUAACUGUUUCUUUUGUCUUAAUGAACUACAGAUUCUUCAUGCAUAAUAUUAGAUAAUUUUUUUGUUAAGUUUAAAUACACACUUUGUUACAAUUAUGGUAUUUUAUGUUUGUUUCUUUUAAUCUUUUGUUAGCGUUUCUGUUAAAAGUUUCAUUAAUUAUAUUCAGAAAUAUUGGCUCUAUUCAAUUGCUUACUAUCUACUAUGAUUACUGAUUGUAUCAUUUACAUCAUUCAAUAAACAUAAUAAACAUAAGAUGUUUUAAGUUUAGUUCAUAAAGGAACAUUUUUGCCAAUUCUAGAAGUACAAGUAUAAUAUAUACCAAGUCAAGUUCAAGUCUAGACUCACUGAUUUAGUGCUCGAGAUGAGCUUGUGAAAUGAUUGACUCAAACUAUAAAGACUGAGUUAUUCAAAAAGUUGUCUAUUGUCAAUACAUGUUGUAAGCCAUUGCUAAUUAUUACAAAUGAUUGAAAACAAAUUUUGGUAAAAACUCUUAUAAAUUUGCUGAAUAACUUAAAAAAACACUAUUGAAUAUCAUGGUAAGUAACUUAACAAAUUCUAUUAUUUUUUAAAUGAGCAUCAUAAUUUAAAAAUUUAAAAAUUAUUUUAUACGUAAGAAAAUUAAAUUUUUAAGUAAUAAAGAUAUUUUAUAAACAAAAUAUAGUUCAUUAUUGAUAAAAAUAAAUUUUGUGUACAACUAAUAACAAAUUAUAAUGUUAAUUUAACUUUAUUUAUAAAUUAUAUUUAGAAAUGAAUCGUAUUUUCUUUUGAUUGUUAUUCUUACCGGGACAUGAAUCUAGAUAAGUGGAUUGAUAGUUAUGAGCCAGGGGAGUGGCCUAUGUAAUUGAUUUGUUAUGGUUUCAAUGUUGUAAAUUAAACGAGUUAGAUUUAUUGCGUCUGUUCAUAGUAUUCAUUUAAAUAUCAACAAGCUCCAAACUUACACAUUCACAAAAUUAACUAUCACUUGUAUUAUCUACACCAUCUUCUAAAAUGAAUAACACCACAGUCCCUUUGUCUCCCAAAAGUAUCCUCAACCGUCUCAAAACUACAUUGAACAAAUUCAAGGCAAAGUAUCCUACAGAUGACGAGUGGUUAUAUCCAGUCACAUCUUCCACUCCAACAGGAAACUUGACUGAUCAUACUUUUUAUCUCUCAGAUGAUAAAGCUCGAUGUGGAAUGGCGGUUUCUGUAGCUUACCACACUGCAAAGCAUUCUAACAACAACAAGGAGUUAUGUCUUAAUUUUGGAUCUAUGCUAUGCAACGUCGUUGGUACUCGUAUUCUAUUCAAAAGUUCAGUUGAAACAGCACUGAAUAGAAUUGGUAUAAGACCCAGUAAGGUUGUUUGUUUACCAUAUAUGGCUAAGGAAUGUAACAUUGACAAAAACAAUAUUCCUCAACUGGAAUGGCCUUCGAUACUCGUCUACUUUGCUUGUUGUGUUCUUAUCCUUUUCAAAAAGUGUAAUGAUAAGGACAGCUAUAAUAGUUUUAUGAGUAACUGUAUUAAUAGCUUGUGUGAGAUGGUUGGAUAUGAUCCAUAUAUUAAGCUUGCUAUUCCGUUUGAUUUUUAUAGAUCGACGGUUAUUAAGACUAAACUUGGUUCGUGUUCAACACUUUGUCAUGAUGUGAUGAGAUUUAUUUUAAGGAAAAGUAACUGGGGUGAUGAAGUUGUUGGUGGUGUGUGCCAAUAUUUGUGUAACGUUUUAGCUUGGUCUGAGAUGAGUCAUUUCAUUCUGAUCAAUGAUGUUUUGGUUAAGGCUCAAUCUCCUGUUCUAUUGGAUCAUCGAGUUUCAUCUGAGGUAGAUGAUUUUGUUGAAGCUUGUGAAGCUGUUGUGUCUCAUGUUUGUCCUCAGUUUUACAUGUUGGUGGUUUGGUAUUUUGAAAAGUUGAUGGUGCAUUCUUCGAAAUUUCCUACUCUGAUUGCUGUUGCACAGGAGCUGAAGAGGGGAGAUAGAGACACCAAUUGUUCAGCUUCAACUUUUUCAAACAGUGAAGUUAUUUUAACUUCAGGGGCAGACUCUGCAACUGUAAAGGAUUUGGUGAAUCUUCACAGGAGUUUUUAGGUCUUCUUUUGCAUUUCAUUUUUUCUACUUGAUGUGUUUAUAUGGAGUUAUUAUUAUGCAUGUGUUACAUCAAUUUUCGUUGAAGAUAUUUUGCCAUGUUUGAUUACUUUGCACA